ACGAAAAAAAGGGUUCAGGGCCGAAAGGGAUUGAAGAAAACACGCGAGUGUGUGAAGAGAGGAUUAAAAGUGUUGCCAAGUUUUACCAAGUUAUGAGUCAUAUACCGGACUUUUAUUGGGCACAACGCAAGGACAAACUGUUUCUUACCGUCGAUGUUCCCAACGUCGACAAAAACCAAGCACAAAUUCACCUCACAGACGAAGGAAAAGUCAGUUUCAAAGGAAAAGGAGGAGAGCUACACGAGAAAGCUGAUUAUGAACUAAACUUGGAACUGUUGCAUCCCAUCAAGGCAGAGGAAUCAAAGUAUCAUAUAACAGCUAGAAAUAUACAGUUUGUUAUUAUGAAGAAAGAAACGGGAUCUUAUUGGGAAAGAUUGUUGAAACAACCGGGGAAGAACAUCCACUGCAAGGUGGACUGGGAACACUGGAAGGACGAGGACUCGGAAGAUGAAUUUGACUUUGGUUCUGCGUGGGACUCUAAAGACAUGGCUGAUCUUGACUUUGGUUCAGAUAAGGAAAGCAGUAGUGACGAAGGAAGCAUAGAAGACGGUGUAGAAGAAGAUGGUUCCACCAUGAAAGAUGCGAGUCAAAAUGAAAGCAACCAUGAGAAUCAUUCCUAGUCGAUGUAUACAUAUUGACAUAUAUCUCUCCUAUAGAU